AUGGGGGAGGGCAGGAUUCAGAAAGGGACCCCAGUGUCCGGGAAGGGGGCGCGGCGAGCCCCCCACCCCACGCGAGACCGACCCGCGGGAGGCUGGAACGAAGUGCCGCGAUCCGCAGCCGGGGCGGCGAGCGGGGGCGGGGCCGCGCCUUUAACCCCUGGCGCGCCGGGGCCGGGCCGGACUCACCCGCCGCCAGGUACCGCCCGGGACACGCACAGGCAGGGACACACAGACCCAGAUACACACUGCCCGGGACACACACACACAGGUACACACAGCCAGGUACCGCCUGGGACACGCACAGCCAGGGACACACAGACCCAGAUACACACUGCCCGGGACACACACACACAGGUACACACAGUCAGGUACCGCCUGGGACACACACAGCCAGGGACACACAGACCCAGAUACACACCGCCCGGGACACACAGGUACACACUGUCUGGGACACACAUACACAGGUACACACAGCCAGGGACACACAGACCCAGAUACACACCACCUGGGACACAUAAGUGCACACUGUCCGGGACACAUACAGCCAGGUACCACCCGGGACAUGCACAGCCAGGGACACAGACCCAGAUACACACUGCUCGGGACACACACGCACAGGUACACACUGCCCGGGACACACACACACGGGUACACACAGCCAGAUUCCCCCUGGGACAGGCACAGGCAGGGGGACACACACCCAGGUACACACUGCCCGGGACACACACAGACACAGGUACACACCGCCCGGGACACACACAGACACAGGUACACACAGCCAGGUACCGCCCGGGACACGCACAGCCAGGGACAGGCCGACAGGGGGACACACAGCCAGGGACAUGCCUGUGGCUCCCAGACACACACAUCCAGGCACACACCACUUGGGACACACCCAACCAGGGACACGCUGCCUGCGUGGGACACACAAACAGGUACACUCUGCCAGGUACCACCUGGGACACUAACAACCAGGGUGACACCUGCCGCUCCCGGAUAUGCACACCCAGGUACACACCAAGCAGGACAUGCAUACCCAGGGACAGCCAGGGACACACACACAGAGUGCCACGCCUGCUGCUCCCAGACAUUCACACCCAGGCAGGCCGGGUGUAG